GUCUGUGAUGGCACCUUCGACAUCAAAAGCUGGAAUUAAGCGCCCAGUGACCGAAGAAGACAAAGGCUGGACAAGGCAGUCUUUGGCGCAAUUUGGGCGUUUCACAGGUCUGGGCUUUAUUUUAGCCCCAGAAAUACAUCAGGAAUUUGACCCAUCCCUACCAGAGAAACUAUUUGAUGGGAUACUGGCCAGUCAGGAGUACAGCGAUGCUCAAGACAAAGAGGACUUCAUCAUGACGUCUCUUGCUGUCAGCCAGCAACAAAAAGAAGCCAUCGAGAGGGCCACAGUUGGGCAGACGAGCAAUGCAUUAUGGGCAGCAUAUCGCAAGAAGAGGAUCACAGCGAGCAACUUUGGUUUGGUUUUGUCUGCAGUCAGAAGACAGUCUUUCCCACCUUCAUUGUUCAAGACACUGCUGGGGAGAAUACAACCCCAAACAAGAGCUCGUGCAUGUGAUUGGGGAAUCGUGCACGAGAAAGAGGCCAAAAAGAAGUUCAUGGAACAAAGUGGGGAGACCAUCCUGGAGAAGGGACUGUUCCUGUCUGACAGUGGGCUGCUUGGGGCCUCCCCAGAUGGACUUCUACUGUCCAGCAAUUACCUUGUGGAGGCGCUGAAUAGAACGUUCCACAUGGACUCUGGCACUGGCAAUCAUCUAUUAUACUGA